AUGGACCCGAUCAUCAAAUACCUUAAGGACGACAAUCGAACGGAAGCACAACAAAUGAAGAUCAAAGCUACCCGAUAUACAAUACUCAACGGUAUACUUUACAAGAAAGGAUUCUACCUUCCUUACAUGAUGUGUGUCCGACCAGAAGAAGCAGAAUAUGUUGUAAGGGAAAUCCACGAAGGAAUCUGUAGAAACCACUCCGGAGGGCGAGCGUUAGUACACAAGGUCAUUCGACAGGGUUACUACUGGCUCACCAUCCAGAAUGAUGUACGAAAGGUCGUCCAGAGAUGUGACAAGUGUCAGAGAUUCACAAAUAAUAUCAUAUGCAAGUUUGGGAUUCCUCGGACCAUCAUCUCCGGUAACGGGAAACAAUUCAAUAACAAGCAGUAUCAGGAGAUGUGCAAGAACCUCGAAAUUCACAACAUCUACUCAUCGCCACAACAUCCUUAUGAAAAUGGGCAGGUCAAGGUAGUUAACAAGAUCAUCAAGCAUCAUCUCCGUAACAAGCUCGAGAAUGCUAGAGGAGCUUGGGUUGAAGAACUCCCAAAAGUGCUUUGGGCAUAUCGAACUAUUACCCGAGCAGCUACCGAGGAUACCCCUUUCUCUUUAGCAUAUGGAGCAGAGGCAGUCACUCCCGUAGAUAUCGGACUACAUACAGCCUAG